AUGGAUGAUUAUACGUGGGAUAGUGACAAACUUCAGGGCAUUUUACCAGCUAAUGAACUCGGCAAACAACACUCUCAUAUGAAACCGAUGGAUUCUAGACCGGAUACUCCCUUCUGGCCGUCUGGAAAGUUUGGUUCUUUUACGGUGAAAUCUGGGUACUUACUUGCUUGCUCUUUACGUCAACGCAAUGAGGCUUCUCCCUCUCGAUUGGAGAAUCCACUGUGGAAUUGGAUUUGGGGUCUUGAGGUAGUCCCAAAGGUCAAGCUGUUUUUGUGGAAAUGUCUCUCGGGAGCUCUCCCAACUUCUCAAGCUCUGGUGGUACGUUCUAUUGACAUGGAUCCGAUUUGUCGCAGAUGUGGAGCCUCUGAGGAAACUGUAGAGCAUGCUCUUAGAGAUUGCCCAUGGGUCUCUUUUUUUUGGGAAAGUUCGGUUCUUAGAAUCCAGCCAAUACCGCCAGAUGGUUUGUUCUCUUUGGAGGAAUGGUUUGAAAGAAUACGUCAGAAUCCUCAUAAAGAAGUUCACCAAUCUUUUGCUUCUCUGCUGUGGUCUUUGUGGUACGCUCGAAAUUUGCUGGUUUUUCAGGGAAAGGUUUUAUCUCACGAAGAUUGUGUUGGGGUGGCGCAGCGAGCUAUCUGGACUAGGAGGGUGUGUUUGGGGUCGGCUGCUGCUAAACCUGCGACUUUGACGUGCAACCAAGAUGUGCAGCUCAAGAUCUCUUGCGAUGCUGCUUUGGAUGGAGUUGCAGGGAUGGGGUUUGGGGCUGUUAUUUCUAAUAGAGACGGUGAGAUUGAGGGUUGUAGUUACGGCCAUAGACAAGGAGUUUUUUCUGCUUUGGAAGGGGAAGCAAUUGUUGUGUUGGAAGGUCUUUUAUUGUGCAAGGAGCGUGGAAUUUCGAGUGCUAUUAUUGAGACGGAUUGUCAACCUUUGUUCUGGCGUCUGUCUAGAAGAGAUACGGAUUUAUCCUAUGUUGGAGACACCCUUUCUGAGAUUUUUAAGGUGGCUGCGUUGAUGAGAGAUUGCGAGUUCAGCUGGACUCCACGUGAAGGGAACGAGAUUGCUGAUCGUCUUGCUAAGUUUAGUCUUUCUUUUCGUUGUUCUGCUGUUUUUUCUUCCUUUUUGCCAGCUGAUGUAAACUUUUCUGUUUCGUGA